UUCGCGAUGGAUAUUGACACGUUUCUUGAUGAGCAACAAAAACUUAUAAAUUCUUUUUCUUCAGAGUUUGAUGAAAAUGCCUUUAAAAACGUGACAUUAACAGUUGAAGAAAAACAAAUUAUACUGACAACCUUGGAACUCGAAAUGGAAACGCGCAUUUUAAAGCUUAAACAAAAAGCGGAAGAAUUGUCAGCAAAUCUUCUUUUACGUAGCCAACUCGAAAUCGCCAAACUUCCUAAAGAAAUCCGACAGUUACCUUUGACCGAGUUCAUAAAUAUCUAUCAUGCGGACCCUCGAGAAUAUUUCGAAAAACAGGUCGCCAAAAAAGUUAAGGAAUAUGACAAUCAACUUACGCCAAUUUUAGAAAGCAAGAAAAGAAAAUGGACUUUACAUAAUUUGAGAAAACAAGAUGACGACGAUAAUAUUCAUGGAGACCUGACGGAGGAAGAAGGGUUGCCCAAGAAACGAUCAACACGAGCCAUAAUUCGUCCUAAUUUGCAGGCUGAUAAUGAAA